CUAUAUUAAACUGGUGCCUCUCCUCUUCAUUAACUCUACACUUCUCAAUUAUUAGUAUCAUCACUCAGAGAAAAAUUCUCAGCCCUAUUCUCUUAUUAUUUAUCCAUAAUGGGAGAGGUUGUGAAGACGGAGGCGUACGGAUUGGCUGUAAAAGACGAAUCUGGAGUUCUCUCGCCUUUCAGUUUCUCAAGAAGGGAGACGGGAGAGAAGGAUGUGAGGUUCAAAGUGUUGUUCUGUGGAAUUUGCCACACUGACUUGAGCAUGGCAAAAAACGAGUGGGGGUUUACUACUUAUCCUCUCGUCCCCGGUCAUGAAAUAGUGGGCGUGGUGACUGAAGUCGGAGCCAAAGUGACUAAAUUCAACGCCGGAGACAAAGUCGGAGUUGGUUAUAUGGUCAGCUCGUGCCGGUCAUGUGAAACCUGCUCCGAUGACCAAGAGAACUACUGUCCAAAAAUGAUCCUAACAUCCGGAGCCAAGUACUACGAUGACACUAUAACAUAUGGUGGUUACUCCGACCACAUGGUUUGUGAAGAGGACUACAUCAUCCGUAUUCCAGAAAAUCUUCCGUUAGACGCUACCGCGCCGCUACUCUGCGCUGGGACCACGGUCUAUUCCCCUAUGAAGUAUCACGGGCUCCUCGGGCCGGGUAUGCACAUCGGUGUGGUGGGCCUAGGUGGCUUAGGUCAUGUAGCUGUGAAAUUUGCUAAGGCUAUGGGUACUAAGGUUACGGUUAUUAGUACUUCGGAUAAGAAGAGAGACGAGGCCAUUAGUCGGCUUGGUGCGGAUCUGUUCUUGGUGAGCCGUGACCCGGAGCAGAUGAAGGAUGUAAUGGGGACUAUGGAUGGUAUUAUUGAUACCGUAUCUGCGACUCAUUCACUUCUCCCGCUUUUUGAUUUGCUUAAAUAUAACGGUAAACUAAUUAUGGUUGGUGCACCUGAGAAACCACUUGAGCUUCCGGUUCUGCCUCUCAUCGUGGGGAAGAAGAUGGUGGUGGGAAGUAUGGUAGGAGGGAUAAAAGAGACUCAAGAGAUGAUGGAUCUGGCCGGAAAACACAACAUCACGGCAGACAUUGAGCUUAUCUCUGCAGAUUAUGUCAACACUGCCAUGGAACGGCUCGAGAAGGCUGACGUUAGAUACCGUUUUGUGAUUGAUGUUGCCAACACGUUGAAGCCUACUCCUUAAUUAUAAAGCUUAAGAAUUAAAUUUCCCCAGAAGCCUUUCUUUUCUUGUUUGGUUUGUUGUAAUAUGUUACGUGUUGUUUGUCUGUAGCACUAAUAUUGUGCCCUAUAAAUUGAAUCAACUUGAAUGUAAUGUUUGCUAUAUUAAUAAGAUCUUGGGAUGUUUAAUUCGAA